GUUCUCUGUCAGGGUCUCCCUGGGAGGGACACAGCCAUCACAGCUGGUUGGGGCCUGGCUUCGCCGAGGACAGUCCUUUCCUUUCCCAUUGUCUUUGGGUGACUAUCGCUGGGCUGGGACAUGAGGCGGGCAGAGGCGCGGGUCACCCUUAGGGCCCCCCUCUUGCUGCUGGGGCUCUGGGCGCUCCUGGCUCCGGUCCGGUGUUCUCAAGGCUGUCCCUUGUGGCACUACGCCUCCUCUGAGGUGGUGAUUCCCAGGAAGGAGACGCACCACGGCAAAGGCCUUCAGUUUCCCGGCUGGCUGUCCUACAGCCUGCAUUUUGGGGGUCAAAGACAUGUCAUUCACAUGCGGAGGAAACACCUUCUUUGGCCCAGACAUCUGCUGGUGACAACUCAGGAUGACCAAGGAGCCUUGCAGAUGGAUGACCCCUACAUCCCUCCAGACUGCUACUACCUCGGCUACCUGGAGGAGGUGCCUCUGUCCAUGGUCACCGUCGACACGUGCUAUGGGGGCCUCAGAGGCAUCGUGAAGCUGGACGACCUUGCCUACGAAAUCAAACCCCUCCAGGAUUCCCGCAGGCCGGUGUGUUUUCGAAACACUUGCUCCUGUGUAUAACGAAACCAUGACAACGGUUCGCUGUGGAAACCUCAUAGCGGAGGGGAGGGAGGAAUGUGACUGUGGCUCCUUCAAGCAGUGUUAUGCCAGUUAUUGCUGCCGAAGUGACUGUCACUUAACACCGAGGAGCAUCUGCCAUAUAGGAGAGUGCUGUACAAACUGCAGCUUCUCCCCACCAGGGACUCUGCAGACCUAUCCAAAAUAUAUGUGACCUUCCAGAGUACUGUCACGGGACCACCGUGACAUGUCCCGCAAACGUUUAUAUGCAAGAUGGAACCCCGUGCACUGAAGAAGGCCACUGCUAUCGUGGGAACUGCACUGAUCGCAAUGUGCUCUGCAAGGCGAUCUUUGGUGUCAGUGCUGAGGAUGCUCCUGAGGUCUGCUAUGACACAAAUCUUGAAAGCUACCGAUUUGGACAUUGUAUUAGACAACAAACAUAUCUCAGCUACCAGGCUUGUGAAGGAAUAGAUAAGUUUUGUGUAAGACUGCAGUGUACCAAUGUGACCCAUCUUCCCCGGCUGCAGGAACAUGUUUCAUUCCCUCACUCAGUGAGAGGAGGGUUUCAGUGUUUUGGACUGGAUGAACACCGUGCAACAGACACAACUGAUGUUGGGCGUGUGAUAGAUGGCACUCCUUGUGUUCAUGGAAACUUCUGUAAUAACACCCCGUGCAAUGCGACUAUCACUUCGCUGGGCUAUGACUGUCACCCUCAGAAGUGCAGUCAUAGAGGGGUCUGCAGCAACAGAAGGAACUGCCAUUGCCAUAUAGGCUGGGAUCCUCCACUGUGCCUAAGAAGAGGUGCUGGUGGGAGUGUCGACAGCGGGCCACCUCCAAAAAGAACAUGUUCCGUCAAACAAAGCCAGCAAUCAGUGAUGUAUCUGAGAGUGGUCUUUGGUCGUAUUUACACCUUCAUAAUUGCACUGCUCUUUGGGACAGCCAAAAAUGUGCGAACUCUCAGGACCACCACCGUUAAGGAAGGGACAGUUACUAACCCUGAAUAACACUAAUUCAGCCUCCCAAUCCCUGUAAAGAUACAGAGAAUAUAACAGCAAAAUCUAUGAAACAGGAUCAGGGGAAGGGAUGGCAAAGCUCAAGUCCACAUUUCUUGAAGUCCACAGGAGGCACAUGGUCCUGUCUCACGUCACAGGGAAACGGGAGGCAUUGGCUUCUGUCCCAGGUUCUUGUAGGUCGCUGAUGUUCACUCUGAAAUAAAUCUUCAAAAACACA